AUGUCUCCCAUCCAACUUCAGUAUCAGCGUUUGUGGUUCAAGGGGCCUCUCUGGCUGUGCCAGGAGAAGAGUUUAUGGCCAUCCAACAAACCAAGAGAAACAAUUGAUUCCUCACUUCUGGAAGAGAAAUCAAUCAUAGCGUUACCCACGGUAAUCGAGCAGCCUAAUGAAAUAUUCUCGUUGCGUUCAUCGUUAUUUGAACUGACUCGUGUAGUUGCAUUGAUAAAUCGAUUCACACAUAAUUGUCAGCCUAACGGGAACCAACCCAAACUCACAGGGUUCCUCACACACGCUGAGCACGAAAAUGCUAUGAUUAUACUGAUUCGGCUCUCCCAGAGGGAGUCGUUUGCAGCUGAGAUUUCCGCUUUGCGAAAGGGUCAUCAAAUAUCAACCAGUUCAUCGAUUGCUACGUUGAAUCCAAUACUUAUCGAUGAUGUCUUUCGUUUUGGCGGCCGGUUGAUGAACGCGUCGAUUUCCUCAGAUAGAAAACAUUCCAUUAUUCUCAGUCAUCGGCAUCCACUCACUAAGUUGAUAAUGGUACAAUACCACCGAAAACUUUUUCACGCAGGGCUGCAGCUAUUGGUUUCCACCGUACGUGGAAAAUACUGGCCUACCCGUAUUAGACGACUAGCAAACACAGUACUUCAUGAGUGCGUAUCCUGUUUCCGCACCAGACCGAAGGUUCUGGAUCAAUUAAUGGCGGAUCUACCAUCUGAACGUGUGUCUCCGGCUCCUCCAUUCUUGAAGGUUGGGGUCGACUACUGUGGACCAUUCCCUGUUGUUUAUCCUGGACGUCGCGCUGUUCCAAGGAAAUCCUUCAUCGCUAUUUUUGUUUGUCUGGUGACGAAGGCGGUGCAUUUGGAGCUCGCAGGAGAUUUGACCAGUGGAGCCUUCCUUGCAGCCUUCAAGCGAUUCAUAGCCCGUAGAGGAAAACCUGCUGUAGUAAUGUGUGAUAACGCCCUCAAUUUCGUGGGGGCCAGACGAGAGUUGGACGUCCUACGUCAGCUCUUUUUGAAUCAACAGUUCCAGGAAUCAGCGGUUCGUGAAGCAGCUCAAGAUGGCACAGACUUCCGGUUUAUUCCUCCUCGAUCACCUAACUUCGGAGGACUUUGGGAAGCAGCGGUGAAGUCUUUCAAAACGCAUUUUAAAAGAUCAAUCGGUGCUCGAGUUUUACAGCAUAAUGAAAUGCAGACAGUUGUGGUUCAGAUGGAAUCCGUGCUAAAUUCCCGUCCGUUGACUCCAAUUAAUAAUGAUCCCAGCGAUUAUGAAGCGCUAACCCCGGGACAUUUCCUUGUCCAGAGACCUCUGUCAGCUAUACCGGAGCCGUGA